AGCGCUAAACCAGGGGCUAAGUGCAUCGACGGUCACGCCAUUGUGUUUCGUAAUCUCCUCACCGUAGUCAUAUAUUCUGCCGCAACCCUUUUCGGCCCGACCUUGCUCCCCACAGCUCACCCAGCCAGGGCUCUCCCUAGGCUUGAAACUAAAAACAAGCUGUCGGACAUGGAUUUAAACAACCUGGUGUUCGGAGGUCGCGAGAGGCAGCAGACGGCGCCCGCGGAGACCGACGAGGAGAUGGCGCGGCGCCUCCAGGCCGAGUGGUCGGCGCCGCCGGCCCGGCGGCGGCAGCAGACGAACGCGUACACGCCCGACGCCCCGCCGUCGUCGCGCCGCCGGUCGCCACACCGCUCGCGGUCGCCGGCGCCGCCGAAGCGGCGGCGCAGCGGGUCCCGGAGCGGGUCUCGGCGGAGCGGUUCUCGGAGCGGGUCCCGGAGCGGGGCCCGUCCCGAGAAGGAGGAGGAAGAAGCGUACCAGGAGGAGGACGACGACGACGCCGACGCCGAGGAGCCGUCGACGAGGAAGAAGCCGCGGCCGGCAACGCCGGAUGACGAGGACGAGCGGCCUCCCCUCGAGGUCACAUUUAAAAUAGGCGAGACCGACCGCUACGACCACGCCAAGGACUGCGCGUGCUCGCACUGCGCGCAGGUCCGCGCGCGGCCGCGCACGCCGCCGCCCGCCGCGCGGUCGCUGCCGGGGAGCCCCGUGAAACCACUCGCAGCGCGCGAGGAGCCGUGGCAGCCCUGCGCGCGGUGCCGCCCGCGCCAGACGAAGCAAGAGACCGCAAAAAAAAAGAAGGGCCGGAAGGCGCGCCGCCGCCGCGAGGAGGCCCCAGCAGCACCACCACCACCACCGAAGCGGGAGUCGCCCCAGGACGACGCCAAGAAGCAAUCGGCGGCCCGAGGCCGCGCGUUCCGCAGCGAGCGCCGAGCAUUAGCAAGGCACGGCGUCGGCGACGCGGCCGACCCCCUGAACGGCGGCGUCUACGCCGAGACGCGGCGGCUGCGACUGAGGUUUGCGCGGUCGCCGAUCCACUCGUGGGGCGUGUUUACGGACGAGCCCAUCGUCCAGGGGACGCAAGUGCUCGAGUAUCGCGGCGAGGAGAUCGGCCUGCAGGUUGGCGAGCGGCGCCAGGAGAUGUACGAGCGCAACGGCGAGAUUGAUUAUUUAUUCCGCGUCGACGACCAGCUUAUAGUGGACGCGACGCGCAUGGGCUCGCUCGCGCGGUUCGUGAACCACUCGUGCGCGCCGAACUGCGUCUCCAAGAUCGUGCCCCACGCGGGGCGGAAGAAGAUCGUGCUCUACACGAAGAGAGAUAUAGAGGCGGGCGAGGAGCUGUCCUACGACUACAAGUUCGAGCUCGAGGACGAGAAGAUCCCGUGCCACUGCGGCGCGGCGACGUGCCGCGGGUCGCUGAACUAA